UAAGAGUUUAAUUAGAUGAUUCACUAGUGUCGUGGAACUACUUUUUUAACUCCAGGCUAGGGACAAGAAUCCAGGUAGUUGAAUUUCUUUUUCAGUGGUUUAGGCCUAAUAGUUCCUUGUGACUCAGCUUCUCAGUCCCAUGUACCUCAGAUGAUUCCCUGCAUUCCUAUUGCAACAGUGUAAUUUGCUUGUUAUUUGAAAUUAUAUCCUGAGCAUAUAUGUAGUUUACAAAAAUUAAACCUCAGGAAAAGUAAAACUACAAAAACUGAUAAAGACAGUUUUAACAUUUGUGAGCUAUCUUCUCCAUCUAGGUUAUGUGCCUAUGGAGUGAAGUCCUAGGAGCUAAUCAAGGCAUUUUGUUAAUUAUGUUAAUUUUAGAUCAUUGAAAGUGUUUGUAGAAAGAUCACUUUCCUUCCAGCAAAAGUAAAUGCAGUGGCAGUGUUUUUCUUAUGUUCUUAGAAAAUGCAUCUAUUUACUUUGGUGGAACUUUUGUACAUUAAGAGAACUAUCUGCUAUUGUGGUUUCCAUUUCCUUCAGUCUCGCCUUGAAAGGACUUCUUACCCUGUUGUAAUGGCAGCCGAAGUGCAAAUGGUACUUUAUGAAGAUGAUUCAGUGCAGGUCCAAUAUGUUGAUGGUUCCAAAUUACAGCUUUCUCCCUGUGGCUCUGAAUUUUUAUUUGAAAAGUCACCUCCUGUUUCAGCACACCCUUUAGAACAACCAGAAAGAAUUCGUCAAAGGACACACUUUGUUAUUAGCACUUACCGAGAGCAACUACAGCGAGCCCUAGAUUUUCGAAACUCUUCAGCUUCUUGCCUUUUUUUAUCUGAAAGCAUCAUACCUUCUGAAAGAAAAAAGUGCAUCUUCAUUGACAUCUCUGAAGUCAGAUGGCCCCGUCUCGAUCCAGAUGAUAGCAUGAUAUGUACAGAGAGUGGCACUGUGAAGAUAACAUCUUUAGAUGGUCAUGCAUACCUUUGCCUGCCCAAAUCUCAGCAUGAAUUUACAGUGCAUUUUUUGUGUAAAGUUAGUCAAAAGCCAGAUUCAUCUGUAGUAUUUUCAGAAAAAAAUAAUCAAGCCCCAAAAGGUGGACUAGUUGAAAAAAACAGCAAAAUCUGUACAUAUGGGGCUUUAUCAGGACAAAGACUGAAGAAUAAAGAAAAUGAGCUUUAUUGCCAGGUCUUAAAAUCCAAAGAAACUUUAGGGAAGAUGAACUGUAUAAAUGGAAGUGAAGAAAGGGGAGAGCUGCCUUUUCCUGAUACAAAUCACACAUAUGUAUACACAUGGGUAAAGCAGUGCUGGUCUGUCGCCUCCUGUCCAGAGGAAUGGAGAUACCCUUUGUCUUUAGCACUUCAUUUUCAAAAUAAAGUUAGCAACAUGUCUAAAACUGCAGAUAUCACGAGUAGAAUUUUAACUUCUGACGUUUCAGAGGAAAGAAGAAAAGAGGUUUCUGUUCUUCCCAGGACCCUGUUACUUAGCUGUUCUGCCCCACACCUGCACAGGUGGAAUUUUUGUGAUUCACUUGCACAGAGAGAGUCUGGUAAAGAAUAUUCCUAUCCUGAACUAGUGAAAAUGGUUUGGUAUAAGGGUGUCACAUAUAGGCUUACUCAUAAAAAUGUGAACUCAAUAGAGAUUUAUCCUGGAGAUGGAUCUGUUUUCAAAUCAGAGGGAGCCUAUUUGGGGAACUAUUUUACAUAUUAUCCUAGUCCAGAAGGAUCAGAAGAGAGAGAAGAGAAAACUUACUCAGUAAAUAACCUUCCUCCAGAUAGACCAGGAAAUCCGUUCUCUGUGUGUUCUCUGAUUAAACAGGCCACCAGAAUUCUCCAACAUUGUGCCAAGACGAGACUUUCUUUAAGUCAUAACUAUUGCAUAUGCUGCUGGAAAAUGAAAUCUGGAAUAGAUGAUAGCAAUAUAUUGCCUUUGCUUUUGCAAGAAUCAUUCAUACCCAACAUGGGAAGAUUUCUUGCCUACUCUGAUGACAAAGUACAUGCUAUCUUUGUAGAUGGCAUUACUGUAACCCUAAAUUGGAAUUUCAGCUCUUCUGUUGAAAAAAGACAGGUGAAUCAAGGUCUCAAGUUAGGUUGGUGUAAGUUAACUUUUCCUGAUGGACAAGAUGAGUUAAUUGAAAUUGAACACCCUGGACCAUAUGAAAGAUAUGUGACAACAGUAACAUCAUGGUGCAGAAGACUUACCCAGAUUAGUCCAAGAGAGAUGCUCACACAUCCUUCAGCUUUUAUUCCUGAAGAAAAUUGGUCUGUUGCUUCUGAACUUGAAAAGAUACAGAAGUUUAACUUGCUACUGGAGAAUAGUGGUAUCCUAAACCAGAUUUCUAACAAGAAAAAUGAACAGUCUUCUGAUUAUUAUAAACCAAGAUCUUCAGAAACCUUGCUAGAAGAAUUUAAUGAAAAGAAAGUAUCAGUAGCAUUGGAAAAAACUUCCAAAAUUCUUCAGGAUAUUGAUUGUCUUUUAUCAAACUCUAAAAAGUGAAAAAUGGAAUUAUUAUUAAAUCUUGAGGAUGUUGUUUCAAAUGACUGGUACAAAAUUAUUAGUAAGCCAAGAAAUUGCAUGUAUUACUUCUACAUGACUAUGAGAAUUGACAAUUAACUUUGGUUGUAUUUUACCUAACUUGCAAAAUUUUUAAAUAUACAAUAAAUUUUAUUAAUAAA